AUGACGGUCUUACCCACGGUGGCCCAGGCCGCGCCAGCAGCCACCGAAGCUAGCACUCUGGUUUCCCCCUUCAAUCUGAGCGCCGUGUCCCUGACCGACAGCAGAUGGAUGGACAACCAGAAGCGGACCGUCAACUACCUGAAAUGGGUCGAUCUCGAACGCCUUCUCUACAACUUCCGGGCCACCCACGGCCUGUCGACUAAGGGAGCCACUCCAAACGGCGGAUGGGAUGCCCCAAACUUCCCCUUCCGGACGCACGCCCAAGGCCACUACCUCACGGCCUGGGCACACUGCUACGCCUCGCUUCGGGACACCCUCUGCCGCGACCGAGCGACCUACCUCGUCGCCGAGCUCGCCAAGUGCCAGGCCAACAACAAGGCCGCCGGGUUUGGCGCCGGCUACCUCUCCGGCUUCCCCGAGUCCGAGUUCACCGCGCUCGAAGCACGCACCUUGAGCAAUGGCAAUGUUCCAUACUACGCCGUCCACAAGACCAUGGCGGGUCUACUUGAUGUCUGGCGCCACAUUGGCGACACCAAGGCUCGCGACGUCCUUCUGGCGCUGGCCGGAUGGGUUGACACCCGCACCAGCCGGCUGAGCUACGGCCAGAUGCAGGCGAUGCUUGGUACCGAGUUUGGUGGUAUGAACGAAGUUCUGGCCGACCUGUACCGACAGACGGGCGACAAGCGUUGGCUCACCGUCGCGCAGCGAUUUGAUCAUGCCGCCGUGUUUGACCCGCUGGCAUCCAACCAAGACAAACUCAACGGGCUGCACGCCAACACCCAAGUACCCAAGUGGAUAGGAGCGGCCCUCGAGUACAAGGGCACGGGGACCAUACGCUACUGGGACAUUGCCAGAAACGCCUGGAACAUCACCGUCGCAGCACACAGCUACGCCAUUGGCGGGAACAGCCAGGCGGAGCACUUCCGCCCGCCCAACGCCAUCUCCCAGUACCUCACGAAGGACACGGCCGAGGCCUGCAACACGUACAACAUGCUGAAGCUGACACGCGAGCUCUGGACUCUCAAUCCUGACAGCGCGGCCUACUUUGACUUCUACGAGCGCGCCCUGAUCAAUCACCUCCUCGGACAGCAGAAUCCGGCUGACAGCCAUGGUCACGUCACCUACUUCACUCCGCUCAACUCGGGCGGCCGACGUGGUGUUGGCCCGGCGUGGGGUGGCGGAACGUGGAGCACCGACUAUGACUCGUUCUGGUGCUGCCAGGGCACGGCGCUGGAAACGAACACCAAGCUGAUGGACUCGAUCUACUUCCACGACCAGUCGCGGUUGUUUGUGAACCUGUUCACCCCAUCAAUCCUGAGGUGGGCAGAGCGCGGUGCCACGAUCACCCAGACCACCGCAUUCCCGGUGGGUGACACCACAACCCUGACAGUCAGCGGCUCCGGCACCAACCAGCCGUGGGACAUGCUAAUCCGGAUCCCGUCUUGGACAACUUCUAAAGGUGAGAUUAUCAUUAACGGCAAGAACUCCGGUAUCCGUGUCGUGCCAGGGUCGUAUGCGGUGAUAUCCGGCCGCGCGUGGAAAGCGGGCGACACGGUCACGGUGCGGCUGCCCAUGACACUACGGACGGUGCCGGCAAAUGACAAUCCCGGCGUGGCGGCUGUGGCCUACGGUCCGGUUAUUCUGUCUGGUGACUACGGCAACAACUCGCUAUCGUCGAUGCCGACGCUGGCGCUUGACUCGUUGCACCGUAUCCAGGGGCUGGAGUUCACGGCCAGCGCCGACGGGAAGACGGUGAGGCUGGCGCCUUUUUAUGACGCGCAUGCGGUGAAUUAUAACGUGUAUUGGGUCACCAGGGGUCGCCUGCCGCGGACUUGA